UGUGAAACGUCAAAAUACUCAUAUCAGUGAAAUAAAAAGAAUGUAUAUCAUUUAUAAGAUUGACUUUAUCCCAGUUUAAACUCGUUUUUAUUGAACGGGAAUUAUUCUCCUAAGAUUAGAGUUUUUAAAUGAAUAAAAGCAAAAACAAAGAAUAAUUUGUGUAGUUUGUAGAGCAAAGGUCUUUCGUCUUUGGAAAGUGGUUUAAAAGGAUUAUUUUCUUCUGUCAUUGUCAGCUGAUUCAUUCAAGUCAAGAGGCGCAGAAUCUUCUAAGAAAAUUAUGUGAGAUCGUCUCAAAAUUUUAGAAAGUGAUGGCUUCGAUUUGUCAACGCUGGCGACUGUGGAUUUUGCCAGUGUUGACUUGCCUUUAUGCCCUUUUAAUUAUCAUAAUCGUGCCUAUUUUAUUGACAAAUUCAAUAAGAAAUGGAAUUAAAAAGCAGGAUCAGGGAGCUUUGGUGGGCGGAGCUUUUGUUCUGCUCGCUUUACCAAUUGCUUUUUAUGAAAUAAUUCAACACAUGAUCUACUUUACACAGCCUAAGUUACAAAAAUAUAUUAUCAGAAUUCUAUGGAUGGUGCCAAUUUAUGCAGUUAAUGCGUGGUUGGGAUUGGUUUAUCCGGAAAGCACUAUAUAUGUGGAUAGUCUUAGGGAGUGUUACGAAGCCUACGUAAUUUAUAAUUUUAUGAUGUACCUUUUCGCUUAUUUAAAUGCGGACCAACAAUUGGAACACAGACUGGAAAUUUCGCCCCAGGUUCAUCACAUGUUUCCACUCUGUUGCCUGCUUCAAUGGGAAAUGGGUCAUGAAUUCGUCCACAUGUGCAAACACGGAAUUUUACAAUAUACAGCCGUCCGGCCCAUAUCUACCUUAAUUUCAGUUAUUUGUGCAUUGAACGGAGUUUACGGAGAAGGCGAAUUUAGGGGAGACGUAGCUUUUCCAUACAUGAUAGCUCUGAACAAUUUAUCACAGUUCGUUGCCAUGUACUGCCUCGUAUUAUUUUAUCGAGCAAAUGCCGAAGCUCUACAGCCUAUGAAACCGAUAGGAAAGUUUUUGUGUAUAAAGGCCGUCGUUUUCUUUUCCUUUUUCCAAGGUGUUUUGAUUGCUAUGCUGGUCUACUGCAAUGUGAUAUCGAGUAUAUUCGACACAGAUAACACUAAAGAUAUCAGACAAAUUUCGUCGAAACUGCAAAAUUUCUUAAUUUGCAUAGAAAUGUUUAUGGCGGCGGUGGCGCAUCACUAUAGCUUUAGUUAUAAACCUUAUGUCAAUUUGGCACAGAGUCAAGCCUGGUGGGACGCUUUUAGAGCAAUGUGGGACGUUUCGGAUGUUCACAACGACAUCAAGGAACACUUGGGAGUCGUAGGAUCAUCCCUGAGUCGCAGAAUUCGAGGUCGAAGUGUCUACCAAGAGCCCUGUGGAAAUGCCAACGAGAGAACGUCUCUUCUCCCAGAAACUCAAACCUCCAGAAGUGCUCCCUCUUCCACCCUCUCUGGAUAUCAUUCUGGAGAAUCGGCAAAUAAUUCCGGAUCCAGCGAGUGUAUUCUCGCCUGUGACGAGUUCUCUCCAGAACCACAAAAUAAUCAUAAUUCGAUUAAUCCAAACUCAAUCAAUACUACUUUUAAAGUGAUAUUGACUAUUUUGUCCCCGAGGUUCGAUGCAAUUAGUAGCUUGGACACGCUGAAACAAAAUCUAAAAUUUUUAAAAAUUAUGGAAGUAAAAAGCGGAACUGAAUCGCUAGACCAAAAUGGAAAAUCAAAGAAUAAUGGAGAAGAUCAUGAAGAGUAUCAAUAUUUGCGAUUGAUAGAUAAAAUUAUAAAAACUGGUAUUAAGAAAUCUGAUCGCACUGGAACUGGAACUUUUACGAUUGCUGGACCACAAAUGCGCUUUAAUCUUCGAAACGGAAUUUUUCCACUUUUAACAACAAAGCGAGUUUUUUGGCGAGGAGUUGUGGAAGAACUUCUUUGGUUUGUUCGAGGAUCUACAAAUGCAAAAGAAUUAUCAGAGAAAGGAGUUAAAAUUUGGGACCCAAACAGUUCUAGAGAAUUUCUCGAUUCCUGUGGAUUUACAGACCGAGAAGAGGGAGAUUUAGGACCUGUUUAUGGAUUUCAGUGGAGACAUUUUGGCGCAACAUACACUAAUAUGCAUGCUGAUUACACUGGUCAAGGUAAAAAACAAAAUUCCAAAUUAAUCUCCUUGUUUGAAAAUCCAGGAGAAUUUAUCAUUAACAUGGGUGACUGUCAUGUCUACUCAAAUCACGUAUCCGCCCUCGAGGAACAACUGAAACGAGUGCCAAAGUCUUUUCCCAAGCUGAAAAUCACCCGCGAAGUCAAAGACAUUGACAGUUUCACACCCGAAGAUUUCCAGCUCGAAGGCUACGAUCCGCACGGAAAAAUCUCGAUGCCAAUGGCAGUUUAAUUCCGAAUUCAAAUCGGAAUUUAAAAAUCGUAUUUAUAAAAUAACAGAUUAAAGCUUUUUUUUUAGAGAUAGUAAGCAAGCGGAGAUUAAAAAAUAAGAUUUAGAAUUAUUUUUCUACCCCCGUGAAGGGAAUAAAAGUGGCUUUAUUUAUAAUAAA